UAGACUGCUUUGCAGCCAGAACCGCUUCUUGGUUGCAAAAAAGGCCGCGAUUGGGGACCACAGCACUAUCAACGAGCACUCACUCACGACACGGGCUUAGCACAUAUCACGCAACCUCCCUAAACCCUCCACGAUGUUCUCCCAAGUAACAGCCCUCUCUGCCUGCCAAUUCCUCCUCCUGGGGGCCACCCUCUCGCCUCUCAGCCAUUGCGCCCCGGUGCAAGACAACAAACCCCACCAGCUCCCCCUAGACGGCGGUGACGACGGGCCGCCGCCGUACACGCCGGGCCACCGGGACCCAUACGACGGCGCCGUCGACUCCGUCGGCCGCGAUCUCGACCCGCUGCCCUGGAGGGGCGGGCGCGGCGCCUCGGUCCUGGGACCCUGGAACCGAGGGCGCGCGAGGCAGAACCCGGACGUCGUGCGCCCGCCUUCGACCGAUCACGGGGACAUGCCGAGUCUGCGGUGGAGCUUUGCGGACUCGCAUGUCAGGAUUGAGGAGGGAGGGUGGACCCGCCAGACGACGGUUCGCGAGCUGCCCACAAGCGUCGAGCUCGCCGGAGUGAACAUGCGAUUGGACGAGGGCGUCAUCCGGGAACUGCACUGGCACCAGGAGGCCGAGUGGGCCUACGUCCUCGAGGGCAGGGUGCGCAUCACGGCCCUCGACUACGAGGGUGGGAAUUUCAUGGACGAUCUCGAAAAGGGGGAUCUCUGGUACUUCCCCAGCGGCGUCCCGCAUUCGCUGCAGGGGCUGGGUCCAAACGGCACCGAGUUUCUGCUCAUCUUUGACGACGGCAGUUUCUCGGAGGAAUCGACUUUUCUUUUGACAGACUGGCUCGCCCACACUCCCAAAUCCGUCGUCUCAGAGAAUUUCCAUUUAGCGCCCGAGGUGUUUGACCACAUUCCGGACUCGGAAAAGUACAUCUUUCAGGGAACCGCACCCGGCUCCAUUGACAAAGAGCGCCCCGACGGGAAAAAUGCGAAGAAGUCCAAGUACCAAUUCUCGCACCGGAUGCUAGCCCAGGAGGCAAAGAACACGACAGGGGGCCAGGUGCGCAUCGCCGACUCCAAGAACUUCGCCAUAUCCAAGACCGUGGCGGCCGCCCACCUCCUCAUCGAACCCGGGGCUCUCCGCGAGAUGCACUGGCAUCCCAAUGCGGACGAGUGGUCCUUCUUUAUCCGUGGCCGUGCCCGUGUGACUGUCUUUGCAGCGGAGGGGACUGCCAGGACCUUCGACUAUCUCCCCGGCGAUGUGGGCGUUGUGCCUAAGAAUAUGGGACAUUUCGUCGAGAACAUCGGGGACGAGCCCGUGGAGAUGCUUGAGAUCUUCCGGGCGGACGAGUUUCGGGAUUUUUCGCUCUUCGAGUGGAUGACGGAAACACCCCGGAAACUCGUCCUCGACCAUCUAUUUUCAGAUGACAAACGCAACGGCAAGAAGUUUUGGGAGCACGUGAAGAACGGUGGAAGGGACGAAAUCACAAAGCCUCCCGCCAAGGGGGGAUGGUUGCCCGCUUUUGGAAGUGAGGAACUGUAGGCUGUGGUUCAUCCCUUCUUUGUCUAGCUAUUGAGGGCUCAGUUCCCCGGAAACGGCGAGAUCAGGACCAUAUAUAUCUUUGUCGCCCUUUGCCCUUGAUUCAUGGUCUGGGUCUUGACAAAUGGCGAGUGAAAUGCUUGCUUCUUGGAGGUUGACUGGACGUAAUUAGACUAGGUAUAUUAUAAUUGCUCAGAUCGCUACCGGGCGGCCUUGAGAUUUCCGGAAUCACACAUCAGCCCUUGUUGACAUCACGAUUAUCAGAACACCACCACAAGUCAGUUUAGAA